AUGCCUCUCUUAGCUCAGUCGGUAAAGGCGGAGCUACAAAGCAAGAUCAUGCUAGGGAUGGAUGGCAGCAGCAGCAGCAGCAGUAACAACAACAGCAGCAGCAGCAGUAACAACAGCAGCAGCAGUAGCAACAAUAGUAGCAGCAGCAGUAAUGGAAGCGGAGCGGCCGUAGCAGCCGAGAUUCGUGUAGCCGUGACCGAGGCUGGAAACCUCGGUCCGGUCACGACAAUGGCGCAGACGGUAGAUCACAGCAGCAGCAGCAGCAGUAACAACAACAGCAGCAGCAGCAGUAACAACAGCAGCAGCAGUAGCAACAAUAGUAGCAGCAGCAGUAAUGGAAGCGGAGCGGCCGUAGCAGCCGAGAUUCGUGUAGCCGUGACCGAGGCUGGAAACCUCGGUCCGGUCACGACAGUAUGUAAUGGGCGUUGA